GCUGAGUUUGUCAAAUUUAUCUCAAGUGUCCUCGUUAUAGUGAAUACAAGGCAGCAUUGAUAGGCUCAGGUUGUAUCAGACUUAACCUUCGAAGCGCCCCACUUCACACAUACACUGCAGCACUCAGCGCUCAACCUCAUCUCACCGAUUUAUCCCUUUUCUACUCAUUCCUCACUUCGCAUUUCAUUUUUCCUCCAUAAAAGUCCAGUAUCGCACCUGAGAAAUCAGUAUAAUUGUCUUGACACACUGAGAAACCUAGUACUAGUCCAGCCAACAUGGCAACCUCCCAUUACCAGACAGAAACUUUAACAUCGGAAAAGUUCGUCGAAAGCGCAGGAACUAUUCUCUUCCGCCUCUCAACCCACGAAGUCUGUGUUCUUCGCGAUGUAAAGCGCAACGAACACAUCCUCCCCAAAGGACGUCGCGAUGUAAACGAAUCACGCUGGUACACUGCAAUCCGCGAAACAACCGAAGAAACAGGAAUAUGCUGUCGUUUACUACCCAUCAACAUGAAAUCUCGUGCCUGUCCUUCUGGAGAAACGGAUGUCCCUGAUGUAGCGCGUGUUUUCAAAGGUGUUUGUGAACCGACAUCAGUGCAGAUGAGAAGGAUUGGCGAGGGUGAGAUGAAGUUGAUUUGGUGGUAUGUCGCUGCUGUCAAUGAGAAUGAACCUGUCGGGAGAUGUGAGGAUGAGUUUGAGGUUGAGUGGUGUGGGUAUGAAGGGGUUUUGGAGAAGUUGACUUUUCAGAAUGAUCGGGAGUUGGUUGCGAAGGCUAUUGAGCUGGUCAAGGCUACGGUUGUUGAUAGUUGGGACACGAACCAAGCUCUACUCCCAAUCAAUGAGGAGUAG